AUAACAAUUUGGCGACGGGGAAACUAGAACAUAACAAUUUGGCGACGGGGAAACUAGUACAUAACAAUUUGGCGACGGGGAAAAACUACUAUUAACCACUCAGCAGCAGCAACAUAACAAUUUACUAUGGAUUAUUCUAAAUUGGAAUUAUUGUUUGAACAACAAUUGAAAUUAAUGGAAAUGUUCGUCAACCAACAGACUGGUCCAGCUUCACCUUCAAGCAAUCCCAAUCAUACCAUGCUACCAUCUGUCGACGGAAUUGUGAACAGCAUUUCACAGUUCAAUUAUGACCCAGAGGCUAAUGUCACUUUUGACACAUGGUAUCAACGUUAUGAGGAUUUAUUCACUGUUGAUCUCGCCUCACAAGACGAUGCCUGGAAGGUGCGAGUUUUGCUACGUAAAUUGGGUCCGGCAGAAUAUGAACGGUACUGCAACCUAAUUUUACCACAGAAACCACGUGACAAUUGUUUCGAUGAUACAAUAAAGUUGCUGCGUGAACAUUUCGGAGACCACUCCUCAUUAUUCAGUAUACGUUAUCGUUGCCUCAAGCUGGCAAUGAAUGAAAAUGAUGAUUUUCUUACUCACGUUGGCACAGUCAACCGAGAAUGUGAGAGAUUUCGACUCAGGUCCUUAACAGAUGAUCAGUUCAAAGCCUUGAUUCUCAUAUGCAGUCUCCAAUCUCCUCGUUUCACAGAUAUCCGAACUCGACUGCUCAAUCAGCUAGAACAAAAUCCCAAGUUAACAUUACAUGACAUAGCUGAUGAAUAUCAACGGCUGAUUAAUCUGCAGAAAGACACACACUUGGUCGAAUCAACACCUCCGAGAAGCUCUGAUAUUCGUGCAUUACGCAAGAGCAAAAAUCUCUCAUCAGCUACUCCUGACCCACCUACUUCUUCUAAUGUUCCGCGGAAAUCUAUACAUACUCGUCCAACUUCACAAAAUACUGCAAAGAAGACCCCACCAUCACCAUGCUGGCAUUGUGGCGCGUGGCACUUUGUAAAGUCUUGUCCAUACAAAAAUCAUCGUUGCAGCAAGUGCAAGAUCAUCGGUCACAAAAAUGGUUUUUGUCAGCCACGCAAGCCCAGAUGUCAAAAUCCAGCAAAAGCUCAACAAAAUGUUGGUCCUAAAUCCCCCAAAAAGUCAUUGAGUCUACGUGCAACCCGUCAAGUCACAACACCAGCUAUGCGGAAAUAUCUUGAUCUUCAGAUGAAUGGUCAUGAUGCACGUCUGCAGCUAGAUACCGCCUCUGAUAUUACUGUUAUAUCAGAGAAACUUUGGAAUUAUAUUGGCAGACCACCUAUCACCAAUACUUCCCAGUCUCUUGUCAGCGCCUGUGGUGGGCGGCUCAAACUAAUUGGUGAACUCAAAUGUUCUGUUUCCUUCCGCAAUACCAAAUUCACAGGAAUUUGUUACGUCACGAAGAAUGAUUUAAAUGUUUUGGGACUUGAUUGGUUCGAUCGUUUGCAUCUGGCUGAUGUCCCACUAAAUUCUCUACGCAAUACAGUGAAGAAGCAUAAAAUGCUAGACAAUUCCGGACGGAGCCGAAGCCGCAAACCCAACAAUCAGACGAAACGACAGGCGUCAACAACAAGCCCAAAGGUCCCAGAUAAACCCCCAGGUAAACAUCCUACUAAUCAUUCAUCUUCUCAAAAGGGGAGGUGAUAUGUAUCCACAUAUAUAUAUUUAUGUGUGUGUGUGCAUGUUGGUCUCUCUUUCUGUUUGCUCGGUUAGUCUGUGACCACUUCACUUGUAUGAACUUGUCUCCUUUAAUAAUGUGUAUUCUCCUUAUAUUAUAUUAUAUAUAAUAUGAGUGUUUGUUGACAGUCCGUUGCUUGGUGACAUAUAUCCAUAUAUGUUUGUUGGCAUGUCUGCUAUAUUCGCUAUGUAUAAUUGGAUCGACACUCCAUUAUAAUUAGCCAUUCAUGUUAAGACUGUCUAAUGAUUUUUCCCACGCUUGUCUGAAUUAUUUAUAUAUAUUCGCAUUCACAAUUUGUGUGAACUACUUUACAACUACUUUACUUACUUACCACUUUGGUGUGAGACCAUUUAUUUUCGUCUCCUUGUGUUUGGACAAUAGAAGUAUCAUCGCAAACCUAGUGGUCUUCUGAUUUCCGCCUUCUCGCGUCAGGACUAUUAGUUUCUCGACCAGUCCAUAACAAUAAUUUAGCGACGAGUACAUAACAAUUUGGCGACGGGGGAAACUAGAACAUAACAGUAAGAAUGGUUGACCCCGAGAAGAUAAUUAAUUUAGAAAAAC